UGCACGCGUUAAAACUGCUUACGACACUAAGUAUUUGUAUUUCCAGUUAAAGUACUGGUUAUAAUCAUAUUGCUAACCAUGAGUUUGUUCCAGUGUUGUUUGUUUGAUUUGGUUCCAACUUCGGUUCAGUUCAGUGUUCAGUCGCCCCCGAAGCCGGGAUGACGUACCGGCGCCGCGCCUUUAUUUACAUUUUUGAUUAACUACAUUAACCGUAAACCAUCACGUGUUAUGUUCACGCUCGUAACUAGAUCCCAUUUACCUGAACCAUAUGAAACAAGUCACAUUCUGACUGUGAAUCCUUAGAAAAUGGUAGACGAUCAUGAAACGAGUAAAGAGAAUGAAAAUCCCGUAGAAAAGAACAUGGAUGCAAUCGAAGCUGCAGGUGACUUGGAAGAGAAGAAAGACCUCGACAAAAUAAACUCGAUCAAAUCAAACGGACACGACUUAGUUGCUCAAUACACUAAAACCGAUGGUGAUGAGUCACCAGUUGAUCGGGUCAAAUUUGUAGGAAUAGGAGAUGAUGAUAGCAUCUGCUCCGAUGAGUCUAGUGAAGAAGAAAAGCUCCCACCAAUUCCAGAUGGUGGAUGGGGCUGGGUAGUUGUAAUCUCUGCAUUUCUAGUCUCAGCCUGUGCCGAUGGCUUGGCAUUUUCUUUUGGUUUACUUCAUGAAGAAUUUACUAGCUUCUUCGAAACCACGCAAUCAAAGACCUCUUUGAUUGGAAGCUUGUUUAUAGCUACUCCGUUGUUAGCUGGACCAAUUAUGAGUGCUUUAGUAGACCGAUAUGGCUGCAGAAUAAUGACUAUGCUAGCUGGAGUCCUUUCAACGGUUGGAUUCCUUCUCGCUUCAGUGAGCAAUUCUGUUGAAGUACUCUGCCUAACUUUUGGUUUUCUAAGUGGCUUAGCUAUGGGCAUUUUAUACGUAACUGCUGUCGUAUCAGUAGCGUUCUGGUUCGAUAAACGAAGAAACUUGGCGGUAUCUUUAGCUUCGUGCGGGAUAGGUUUCGGCACAUUGUUAUACUCACCGAUGACGAAUUAUUUUCUAUAUUUAUAUGAUUGGAGAAAUACUAUAGUGUUGUUAGCUGGUACUUUGUUAAACAUGUGUGUGUGCGGAGCUCUGAUGAGGAAUCCUGAAUGGUUGGAGAUUAAAAUGAAGCGUGAGAGGAAGGAGAGGAAAUUAUCAAGGUCAAAAUCAGGAAGAUCGUCCAGUAAUAGCUCUGUGGGAUCUAUUGGAGGAGAGUCCGUAUUCUUAACUGCUGAAGAAAUCAGGGACUUGAUGAAAAGUGGGAAAAGCCCCGAGUACAUUUUGUCCACGUUGGCUACGACUAUAGCAGAGGCUGAACAGCUAGAAGCUACUACUCAGAUGAACGCGGAACAGGCAUUUCAAAGAAGAAUGCAUUCAGCGAUUCAUAUACCUACGUUCGUACAACAGAAUGAAAAGGUGCCAGCGGAAGUAAUUGAAAAACUCAUGACCAAUAAGCGUCUGUACAACAUAAUAUUACAAAACUAUCCAGACGUAUUGACAAGACGAAAAUCCGAAGUUAAUAUUGCUAUAGAAACACCGACAGAAGUUAAAAAUGAACCAGCUCAAUUACCAGUAACUAUCAAAGUCAAGAAGCCUAAGCAUGAAUCGGAAACUAAGAAAUCUGAAGAGAAAAUUAAUGAAGAAAAUAAGGCUGAAGAAAAAGUGGGAUCUAGUAGCGCUCUAACAGCGAGUAAUCUUAAAUUAUUGCAAGAUAAGUCUAAGCAAAAACCUCACACUCACCAUACGCAUACGUCACACAAUAUGCCGCAAAGUAACUGGUUUUCGAGGCAAAUAUCCACAGAUCAUCAUUAUCUAAGAGAGAUGCAACUGACCAGAAGUACCUUGAUGCAUAGAGGUGCCAUGCUCAAUAUACCAAGGUACAAGCUUCGGGCUUCAUCUCUUCCUGAUAUUUAUCGGAAUUCAAUGUGGUCUCUUGCGUCUGAAUCGGAUGAUGAAAUGAUGUGGUAUCAUCGCUUCUUCGAGACCAUGAAGUCCAUGUUCGACUUCCGCAUGUUCACCGAGUUUCACUUCCUCAUGUUCAACCUGGCGUCCCUCAUCCUCUCUGUGUGGUUCAUCGUGCCGUACUUCUUCCUGAAGUCCUAUAUGACGGACAGCGGUGUUGAGGGCGGUGCCCUGAUGAUUAGUAUCAUUGGGGUCGCUAGCAGCAUCGGGAUUGUGGUCCUCGGCUGGGCAGGCGACCAGCCCUGGAUCAACGUGACCAAGACCUACGCGAUCUGCCUCAUCAUCUGCGGUCUCUCUGUCGCCGCCUACCCUCCCUUCAUCAAGAACUACUGGGCGCUGACCGUCAUCUCGGCGAUCUUCGGGCUGUCGUUCGCCAGCUCCUACUCCUACACACCCGCCAUACUGAUGGAGCUGAUGCCGAUCGAUCAUUUCACUGUAGCUUAUGGAUUGAUUCUGUUGAGUCAGGGGAUCGGGCAUCUUGUGGGGCCGCCUAUUGGAGGAAUGCUCUACGACGUGACCGGAACCUGGGACCUAACGUUCUACGUCGGCGGCCUCUGGCUGGUCAUCUCCGGUGUGUGCGUAGGCGUAAUUGCGUACACGAAGGACCUGCGUAUGUGUGGCAGCGCCCCGUUGCUGAAGGAAGCUGAGGAGAAGAGCGAGAGCGGUGUUGAUGUGUGAGAUAGAUGAACAAUGACCAAAAAAGUCCGACCGCGAUGUUUUCACGCCAAAUGCUACGACGCUUCUAUGGGAUAUGUAUGUGCAUUGUUACUGUCAAUUCGAUGCAAUCUUAGCGUGGUCGGAGUCCAAGCACUUAUGGAAUUUGUGCAGAACCAAUAUAGACCAAAUUAAAUGUUGAAUAGACGUUUAGAAAACAUGAGUCGUCCCUUUCUUCGGGUCGAUCUUCUUGAAAGCAGAUUGAAUAUCUAAUUUCACAAGAUAAGCUCUUUGGUAAACUAAGCAACGAUCCUCAGUCAAUUUCAUGAGAAUCACUCUACAAAAGGAGACGGCAUAUUUCAAUGCCCUAAGUGCCAGCCCAUGAAUAUUGUAAAGUACUGUAUUUAUCUCAGUAAAUCAUACAAUAUAAUGUAUUCCCAACGGUUCGCCAACACAAACAUCACGCGUUACGACCGCUCUACGCGCCGGUCUAACUUCAACUGACUGUCAGUGACGUUAUCAUGACGUAAGCGUCGAGCCGUCUAUACACUACCCCCAUUAUUCAUAAAACUGUACGGGCCCGAUUUAGUUAAACUAUGUUUUUUCCUAAAAAAAUCGACAUUCGAAGUUUUAUAAUAUCUUAUCGCUAAAGUUACACAUAAAGACAGGUAUUUUUUUAGGAAAACUUGAGUUUAAGCAGAUAUAACAAAACACGUGCUCAUUAUUUUUUGCUGCUUUCAAACAUAUACUCAAACCAGCCAUUAACUAGCAAGUUGCUUGAGCAUCACUUUCGAUAGGAGUAAGAAGAUUUCGUAACUUUUUAGUACUUUGAAGGCCAUUUUCUCCUAACAGGUUGAGUUUGGGCAGCUAAAAAAAAAUACGUGUCCGUUAUUAUAGACUACUCUAUAACACAUAUCAAAAUGAAUCAAAUCGGAGUCGGACAGUUGGGUACCCUUCCUUGUAAGUUACUUCUUAUGCUUUUAAGUCUAUAUUUGUAUUUAUAACAUGUCACUGGCCACACUCUGUAGGUAAGUUUAAGGCAAAUUGUCAAAUAUUGUACAUAGGAUUUACCUAAAUCUUCUAUAAAAGUUUUAAUAUUUGUACUUAAUAAAAGUUACGUAUGUUCUAGUAGCUAUGAUACAUUAUACCAAAUGUAAUUAUAUGUAAAAAAAUAUAUGGUAUUUUCAUAUAACUCCGUUUAUUCGUAUAAUAAAUCUCAUUUAAGCAUAACAAUUUAUUGAAAUAUUUUGUAAUCGUAUUCAAUUUUAGAUGUUUUUACAACAAAUGUAUAUUGUAAUUUAAUUCUAUUCCAGUAGGUAUAUAUCAUGUGCAUUUUAAUUAAUAAUAAAUGUGUCUGUUUGUAUGUGUGUUAUACACAACGAUUUAAAUAUUUGGCUUCAAUUGUUUUAAGCAUACAACUGUACGGUCACGUCUGAAAAUAUCAAUACGGACAAAGUGCCAAAAAUAUGUAUACACUACCCUCAUAUAUGGGCCAUAAAGUCGUGUAUACAUAUUUUUGGCACUUCGAUCGUGUCGAUAUUUUCAGACGUCACUGUAACUACCUAUAUAACAGCAUGUACUGCCCUAUAUUAUAUGCAUACGUUGGGGUUUCUCGUGCGGGAAUGUUUGACAUUAGCCAAAAUAAGUUUUUGUUACAAGCUUUUAUCGCUGACUGUACUUUUUUUUAGACAGGUGACUAAUACUCAUCCACCUAAUUCUAAAAACCCCAAACACAAUUAGAUUGCGUUGUUUUAUCACAGAGUUCCUAUGUCCACCUCCUGUCUCCAUCAUCAGAUCAGCUCGUUGGUACCAUAAUAUUGCAUUGUCAUCCGACUUACAUAUGCAUGCAAAUUUUCAGCUCAAUCGGAAACCGGGAAGUGGAUCAAAUUUAACUUGCAAAAUUUGAUUACAGACCGACAGACAGACAACGGGACAGGCCGCGUAGCCAACGUUACAAUCGUUAUCGCUCCGUAGCGUAGCGUAGUCAUCUCUCUCUCUAUCACUCUUCCAUAUUAGUGCGACUGUGAUAAUUGUGUUUCGUUCGUCGCGGAGCGUGAGCGACAUGCACGUUGGCUACGCGGGCAGGUGAAACUAAAUAAAAGCUUGUAAAAUAGGUAAAAACUGUACAAACCGAUACCUAUUUUAACAUUUCUGAGCACAAUUGGAGCUUACUACCCGUUUUUAUAAGCUUUUAUUUAAAUUGCCCUGUUAGUAUGUAUGUUUGUGUGGGUCAAAUCUUGGAAGCUAAAUUUGACCCACUUCCCGGUUUCCGAUUAAGCUGAAAUUAGACCCACUUCCCUGUUUCCGAUUAAGCUGAAAUUUAGCAUACUUACAUAUGUAAGUCAGGUGACAAUGCAACAUUAUGGUAACAUCGAGCUGAUCUGAUGAUGGAGACAGGAUGUAGCCAUAGGAACUCUGUGAUGAAAUAACGCAACCUGCUUUUGUCUGGGGUUUUUAGAAAUUUCGAUGAGUAUUAAUUGCCUUUCAUAACAAAAGUACAGUCAGCGAUAAAAACUUGUAUCCAAAAUUAUUUUAAAAUAAACAAAGUUAUAAAUACACAAAACAGUUCCCGCACCAAAAACCACGAUGUAUGAUUAUAUGUGAUAGGCUUACUCAUUUACUAGGUACCCAUAUAAAUACAUAGGUGCUAUGACUGCCAUCUUUAUAAUAAACAAUUUUUAAUAAAUUAAUAUACUUUUUAAAUCAA